UAGGAAAAGUUUAAAUCCAAUAUGGCCGACAGUUGGCAUUUGCAGUAAAAGUCAGCCCAAUGUUUGUUACGCUAUUAAAAAUAUUACAACAUUGAAUAAAAAUAGUGUAAUUUGCUGCAUAUUUUCAGUUGUUGCUCAGAAAUUCAGUAUUGUUAGCAUUUGUAGUGUUCCAUCGCCGUGAAAACUUAAGAUGUACGACGAUAGACGUGGAGGACGCGGCGGGGGCCGUGGUGGCAGCCGCGGAGGCCGUGGAGGCGGCAGGGGUAGUUCACGGGGAGGACGGUCUAGUGAUCGCUCCCUAGAGAGGGGAAGUAGCCGCUUCGGAAGCAGCCGCGGCGGUCGAGACGGGGGCCGCGGGGGACGCGACGGCGGCCGAGGCUUCGGAGGUCGCGGUGGCCGCGAUGACUUCCGAGGCAAUUUCAAGAAUGACCAACCGGGUGGUAAUCUUAGGAAAAUUCGCUGGGACACAAUCACUCUCACUCCGUUCCAGAAAAACUUCUAUGUACCGCAUCAGAACGUGCAGUCGCGCAGUCAAGCGGAGAUAGAGGCGUAUCGCAGCCAAAACCAGAUCACUGUGAAAGGGCGCGAUGUUCCAGCGCCGAGCAUGUACUUUGAAGAAGGAGGUUUUCCUGAUUAUGCUAUGAAGGAGAUAUUGAAACAAGGCUUCCCUCAUCCUACUCCCAUUCAAGCUCAGGGCUGGCCUAUUGCACUGUCUGGGAGAGAUUUAGUGGGAAUAGCUCAGACAGGGUCAGGAAAAACUCUGGCUUAUAUACUGCCAGCAAUUGUCCACAUCAUCAACCAGCCACGCCUGCUGAGGGAUGAGGGGCCCAUUGUACUGGUUUUGGCUCCAACUAGAGAGCUUGCUCAACAGAUUCAACAGGUGGCCAAUGACUUUGGUCAGAGCGUGCAAGUCCGCAACACUUGUAUAUUCGGUGGAGCCCCGAAGGGACCACAAGGCAGGUGCCUUGAGCGGGGCGUAGAGAUUGUCAUCGCUACUCCAGGACGACUUAUUGAUUUCUUGGAGAAAGACACCACAAACCUACGUCGCUGCACAUACUUGGUGCUGGAUGAGGCAGACCGCAUGUUAGACAUGGGUUUCGAACCACAGAUCCGCAAAAUCAUUGAGCAGAUUCGACCGGACAGACAGGUUCUUAUGUGGUCAGCAACCUGGCCCAAAGAAGUGCAGAAUCUAGCCGAGGAGUUCCUGCAUGAUUACAUCCAGAUCAACAUAGGUUCUCUCAGCCUGUCUGCGAACCACAAUAUCCUUCAGAUUGUAGACGUUUGUGAGGAAUGGGAGAAGAAUGAUAAGCUGAUCACACUGCUCACUGAGAUAUCUUCAGAGGAGGAAACUAAGACUAUCAUAUUUGCUGAGACUAAGAGAAGGGUGGAUGAAAUAACCAAAGCUAUCAACCGUGCGGGUUGGCGAGCCCUCGCCAUCCACGGCGACAAGAACCAACAAGACAGAGAUUAUGUGCUCAACCAGUUCCGAAUGUCCAGCGGCGGGAUACUAGUCGCGACCGACGUCGCUGCCCGCGGCCUUGAUGUGGAGGACGUGAAGUUUGUGAUAAACUAUGACUAUCCGAACAACUCUGAGGACUAUGUGCAUCGUAUCGGUCGCACGGGCCGCUCGCACAACACCGGCACGGCCUACACGCUCUUCACUCCUAAUAAUUCUGCUAAGGCUAAAGAUCUGAUGAACGUACUGCAAGAGGCGAAUCAAGUGGUGAACCCCAAGCUGAUGGAGCUGGCUCAGUGUGGCAUGGGAUUCAAGGGAAAGUACGGUCGUAACCGCUACCGCGACCGUGACGAGAGCGGCGGCGGUCGCUUCGAGCGCGGGCGCGGGCGCGGCGGCCGCGACGCUCGCGGCGGCCGGGACUCGCGCGGGGGACGCGGCCGCUUCGGGGGAGACCGGAGCUCAAGAUGGGACGACUCAAAUAACGACUAUGACAGCAACCAAAGCUCAUACAACACGCGUUCAUACAACCGAGACAGCAGCCGCGACAACUUCCGACAGGACAACGGGUUCCGAGGCCGCGGCCGGGGACGCGGCGCCGACUCCCAGCCCUUCCCCAGCAACUACAGCUUCAACCAGAACCAGGGCUUCAACGUCCCGCCCCCGACCAGCUACUACAACAUGUACGCCCAGCCCCCACCGCCCCCAGCCAACAAAUUCGCCGCUAAAUAGAAAUUUAUUUAGAUUAAGAUCAACUGGAUGUGAUGUGAAAUUAGUGUUCAUAGAAUAAGGAGGUCGGGUUUCAUUUGAGUAGAUUUUUAAAUUACAAUAGGGCGUAAUUCUACUGAAUACGGCCUAAUAGAUGCAAUAUUAUUAACUAGUAAAUUAGGCGAUUGUUCUCGUCUUUGAAAAACACUCAAAUGAAAACGGCCUUAGCUUGUAAUGUAAUUCUGAAAUGAUAACACCAAACGGGUCCCUCCUGUAACUAAUUUUACAGAAACGAAUAGUUUCACUCGCGUCUAGUUGUAAAAUGAUAAUAGUUUUAAUUUUUAUUUUUAAGUUUCUGUGAAAGUCAUGCUUGGAAUCGGACCUAUGAGGUUAUCAUAUCAUAUUUUGUAAUAUGGCAUCAGAUUUGUAUACGUUUAGCGUCUAUUUGGACUAUGCAACAAUAAACAAGAAACUAUAUUUGCCAAGAAUAAUUAGGAUAUUAUUUACUAGAGCAUUUUAAAAUUAAGGAUGAUGUCUAUACCUGCUGACUAUAGUUUCAAGCUAAUAUCUGUGUUACUACAUAGCUAAAUCAGAAUAGGAUAUUUUCAAUUAGAUUCGUAUUUUGAUCUCCAAUAGUAGAAUUGUGCCACUUAUCAAGUGUCUUAUGCAUAGAAUAAUAAUGUUUUAUCAGAAUAUUUGUUUCUACAGCACAUUAAUAUCCAUAGCUCAUUGCACCAAAUCUUAGUUUUCUAAAUGUAACAUUCCUGCGUCGUGUAACUCUGUGACAGCAUUAUACUGGUGAUUAAUGUAAUAAAUUGUACAAUUCACAGAUAAUAAAGGUUAAUCGAAUUUAA